AAAAACGGCCAGCAGAAAUGCAACCCUGUUUUCCCUCUUUUUUGUGAGAAGAGUUAUUUUUCAGUCAAAGAAACAAAAAUUGGAUGGAAAUUAUAAUUCUUCAUAUUUUCUCUGCAAAUAACUUCACAAUUUAAAAGUGUUUUGUUUCAAAGAAAAUAUGUCUCUCGUACAAGACAACUAUAACGGUAAAUGGCGCACUGUUGCUGACCUUGAAAAUGCUGUCACUAACAUGGAAAAUAAUUUAGAAAAUAUGAAUAAAACUUUUAUAAAUAAAAUGUUAAAGUCAUUAUGCUCUUUAAUGGUAACAGUGCAACAUAAAGAAGCUGGAAUUUUUAAUGUGGCAAUCAGGUGGUUUCGUUUAUAUUUGAAAAUUCUCAUCACGAUCAAUCCCAAUGAUAGAAAACUAUUAAAACAUUAUGAAAAUACAGUGCCAACCAUUAUAACAUAUAUCAUUGGAUGUUUACAAUAUAAAUCAAAAGAAAUGCCAAACUAUCAUUAUGAUUUAUUAGAAAUAUUAGAAGAACUUUUGGAAAAUGUACCAUCCGAGGUAUUGAGUGAAAUAACAAAAUUCGAAAUUGGUACCAUCGGCUGCUUAUGGAAUCCCAUAGAUCUGGCGGGAGAUUUUAAUACUCAAUCGAAAGCUUUAAAAAUACUAACGAUACUUUUAAAACAAUUCGAUGGAAUUAGACAAAAUGAAGAGUUAAAAUGUAUUAAAUGGACAAAUUUAAAUUUAUUUCAAGAUAAAUUAAAAACUAUUGUUCAAGAGACGCAAUUAACACAUGUCAUAGAAAAUUCUACACGUGAUUUACUAAAUAAUUAUAAUAUGAAUUUAUCCAAAAAUGUUAUGGUUUAUUCAUUUUAUUGUACAACGGCAUUAAUGGAUAAUAAAUAUACAUUUUAUAAACCUUUGAAUCUUCAAAAGUUUUGGAUUGAUAUAAACUACAGCCCAAAAACGUUGUCCUUUAAGGCACGCUUUAAAUUGAACCCUAAAACGAAAUAUGAAGAUAUUAAUGUCAUUUUAAAGAUUCAAAUAAUGAAACUACAAAAUAAUAUUUUAUCGAUACGUUUUCAAACCCCAGGAGACUUUUCCAAACACGCUAAUUAUCUAACAAAUAUUACAGAUAAUUUAAUACAAUUUAGUCUAACCCAAGAUGAGAUUAAACGUUUAAAGGCUAAUAAUUAUGUAAUGGAAUACUUUAAUUCUUUAAAUGAAUCCGCACAAGUAAAACCUAAUAAAACUGAAAGGAAAGAUAAACACAUAUUAGAUUUAUUAAAAAAGAAUAUGUCGGCAAAUUUACCAGAUAAUAAAAAUAAAAGAUCAUCAAGCUCUCAAAGUGUUGCAAAUUCAUUUUCUAAAACUAAAAAAACAAAAUAUGAAAGUUAUAUUGAUUCUACUCCGGAAGGGGGACCAAAGCCUGAAAGUAAAUGUUUUUUAAAUCGAAUUGAAUCUAAAAAUUUAAAUAUGGAUCUUGUGGAAUCUCCCAAAACUUCCAGGGGAGAAGAAAAAGCAGGGCAAAAACAUCCCAUUAGAAAUUUGCGCACUAGAAAAAAAUUCUUUGCCUCAUUGAUGGAAGAUUCGGAUGAGGAAUUAGUAAUUAAACCGGCACAAAAACGAAAAUCUAAAAGUAGAAAACCAAGACAAACAAAAUCAGGCUGUAAACAAGUCUGUAAAGUAACACCCACUGUUGACUUGACUAAAAUGGAUAUUAUGGACAAUGUAAAGCUCAACAUGGAAAAUUCCAUAAUUGAAAAUGUUACUCCCAAAAAGUGUCCACCACUUUUAACAACACAAGACUGUAAAGAUGUAUUAAAACAAGUAGCCAAAAUUUAUGACGUUGCUGACAACACCUAUGCCGAACCCUGUCAAUCCUAUCGUAAUUUUAAAAUACAACCUAAUAACUCAACACAAACUUUAAAUGUUAAAAGUAGCGCGAAAUCAAAAAGUCGCAAGAAAAAAGUGGACCACCCUGAUAAUGAAUCAAGUGUAGAGAAAAUAAGAAAACUUACAAAUGAUUGUAUUCUCGAGAAUAAAGAAAAUAUUAAUCCUCAAAAUCUUAUAGUAGAAUCCAACAGUCUUCUUUUAGCAAAAACUAAAAGUAUUAUAUCGCCACAUCUUUUUGAAACACAAUUUAGUGAGAAUACUCCGUCUAAUAAAAACUUAAGGCCAACUCAUGAGAAUAUUCCAAGUAAAUUUGUUGAAAAUCUAGAAAUUGAUCUAACACAAGAUGAAAUAGUAAUAUCUGAUGCGUUACAUAAAAAUAAUGAAAACAAUUCCAGUUGUGAUUCUAUUGAAUGUGAAGAAGUUCGUGGUUUAAAUGAAAAUUCUUUAAAAGAUUUACAAUAUAUUUGUACUCCUACUAAAUCUAUACUCUACAAUAAUAGUGAAGUGAGUACGCCUAGACCUACUAGUUGUAUGAAUAUAUCGGAUUUAAAUGAUUCAGAUAUGGAAAUAACACAAGUUGUUAAUAAUCAAAAUUUUCUAAUGGAACGACUAAAUGUAAACAAUCAAGAAAAUAAUGCUAUAACUCAUCAAAUGUGUGAGUUGAAUAUGAAUACUACAUAUCCAUGUAAUAAUAAACAAAAAUUUAUUGUGGACCAACAAUUGGAGAACGCCUCAGAGUCUCAAGCAAAUAAUAAAGUGAUAAUUAAAAAUGUGGAUGUGUCAAUUGGUCUGCAAGAAAUUUUAAAUGAUUUUGAGUUUAAUUCAGAAGAUAAUCUAGAAUCAAAUUUUGAAAUAUCUAAUAAACAAAGAAAUUUUAAUGAAAUUGCUAACAAUCCAACGGAACGUGAUUAUUAUAAAGAUUGUGUUAUUUUUCAAAAACGUAUAGAUAAUGCUGAAGUUUCUGAUAGUUCUGAAGACGAUGAUAAUUUCGAUCAAUUCACAAAACUGCAAAUUAAUUCUAAUAAACAUAAUAAUCAAAAUUUUAUAGUUAUGCAAAAUCAACCAUUAUAUUUAAAUCAAAACCAACAAAGUGACCUAUGGACUACACCAGUUAAAAAUGAUAUGAUAUCAAGCAAUGUUACUAACACAAUGGCUACCAAAUGCCAAGUAACUCCCACAGCUGUAAUCGUACAGCAAAUCCAAGUUAGUGCCAAAAAAUCCGUCAUACUUAGAAAUAAAAAUUCAAGAAAGGAUUUGAAAUCUAAUAAAAAUUUAAAUGGCUACUUUCAAAACAUGGACUCAAAAAAUAAACAAUUAAUGGAUUUGAGAAAAGAAGAAAAUGUGUUACAAAUGAAAAAUUCAUAUCAGCCAAAAUUUAAUCAGUUAAUUUACCAUAAAGAUCCAACUAAUAGCAAAAAGAACCUCGAUCGUUAUUACGACAUAGCUAAAAGCCAAGAUAUGCAACAACAUAAUAAAGUUAAAAUUCCAUUAUAUUUACCAAUAGCUUUCCGCCAGCAAUAUUCUAAUAAUGCCAAUGCGAAACAAAUGAUUUAUUUUGAUAAUCCGUAUGAAACUCCUUCAACAAAUCCUGCAACUCAGACACAGGGUAAUGAUAAUGAUCAGAAUUUUGAACAACGAUAUAGUCAAUCUAAUUCCAAUACCACGGAAGGAAGUGAAAAUAAUUGCUUUGAAAAUAAUGAUUAUUCAUCCCGCAGUUUCUCUACAACAGCAUUAGAAAAUCGUGAAAAUUCUUUUAAAAAAGAUAUUUUACAAAUUCUCAAUGAAUUCAAUAAAAACUUUCAAUUGCGCUUAAAGAAUGCACAGAAAAUAUGUCUCAAAAAUGCCUCGUUACUUUAUAAGGAACAAUUUUGUGAAAUUGCACAAAACAUAUUAAAGAAAACUCAAGAACAUAAUAAUGAACUUGAGCAAAUACGUUGCAAUAUUGGACGUUUAGUAAGAGAAUUAGAAAGACAAUAUGAUAAAUUCGUUAAUAAAACAGAAAAAUUUGAUGUACACAAGGAAAUAAUGGAGCAGGUAUUGGAUUGUUUAACUAAUACUAAUGUAACAAAUUUUAUACAGCAAGAGUAUGAAGAGUUAUCACAGCAAUUCAAUUUUGAGCAAAAUAAAGUCGUUGAGAGAGUAUGGCAUAAAUAUAUGGAGAAUUUAAGAAAUGAAUAUUAAAUAAUAUUGUUAUU